CUUUCGACAAAUAUAGACGCGAAAUACGGAAAUCAGUAACGUGAAAAAAAUUGUAGAUAAAUUAGUGAUUUGAACUUAAACUUGAAAAAAAGGCUAUUUUUCUGAUUUACCGUAAUCGGAUUAGAACGCUUAGCUAAUAGAUCGGGUGUGAAUUGACACAAAAAUCUACUUCCAUUGGCAUCAUAAAAUGACAAAAUAUAUUUCGUAAUUAAUUUGUAUACAAAUAUUAAUUAUUGCACAUUGUGAAAAAAAUAAUAAAUCAUCAAAAAAAUAAUAAUGUCAAAUUGGAUUCUUGUCGGCCCCAUUGUGGGUAUUGUGCUACUAGCAUCUGGAUUAAUUUUAGGAUACCUCGUUUUUCCACCAAUUGUGACCAAAACAAUUGUUGAGUCGGUUCAAAUAGUAAAGGAUUCAGACCAAUACGGCCGAUGGAAGGAGGUGCCACAACCCUUAGACUUCAAAGUUUACAUUUUCAACGUUACUAAUCCACUUGAAGUGCAACAAGGUGGAACUCCAAGAGUUGAGGAAAUUGGGCCAUACGUUUAUUUACAAUAUCGUCGGAAAUACAACAUUAGAUUCAGUCGAGAUAAUGAGCAGGUAUCAUAUUAUCAACAACAGACUUUCAAAUUUGACGCAGAGCGAUCACAUCCAUAUAGAGAAGAUGACCCUAUUGUUGUACUGAACAUGCAUAUGAAUUCCAUCAUUCAGACAAUAGAACACGACUCUCCAUUCAUCUUAUCAAUGCUCAAUGGUGAAUUAAAAAAUAUUUUCGGACCAGACGCGACGUCAAUGUUUAUGACUACAACCCCAAAGAAAUUCCUAUUCGAUGGUGUUGAAUUUUGUAAAGAUGCGGUUGGUGUUGCACAACUUGUUUGUAUGACUGUAGAGGAUCGAAAAUCACAAUCGAUUACUAAAUCUGAUGACGGACGUGGAUUGAAGUUUUCAAUGUUCAGUCAUAAAAAUGUAACACAUGAUGGUCUCUAUGAGAUUAAUACAGGAAUAAGAAGAUUAGAAAAGCUGAUGAAAAUUGAGAGAUGGAAUGAACAGAAAACAUUAAAAACUUGGAAAGCUGAUAAGUUUGGAGCGCCAUCUGUAUGUCAAUAUAUUAAUGGAACUGAUGGAAGUGCUGUUGCACCAUUUAGAGAGAAGAAUGAUAACUUUUACAUCUACAGCAGUGACAUUUGCAGAUCCGUACAGCUAUUUUAUCAAAGAGAAACAGAAUACAAAGGAAUUCCUGGAUAUAGAUACGAAACACGCGAAAACUUUUUAACUGACAUUGGACCUUGCUAUGGCAAUGAAUGCUUCUGUAUAGAUAAAAUCAGUGGAGCAUUGAAAGAAGAUAAUGGAUGUCUAUAUAGUGGUGCUAUAGACCUCACAGACUGCUUAGAUGCUCCAAUUGUUGCUACACUUCCUCAUUUCUAUGGAGGACAUCCAACUUAUGAGAAAAUGAUUGACGGGAUUAAUCCAAAUCCUGAAAAGCAUCAGAUUUUCCUCGAAGUAGAACCAAGAACGGGAAGUCCAUUGAGAGGUGGAAAGAAAGCCCAAUUUAACAUGUUCCUUAAAAAGAUUGACUAUAUUACUAUGACCAGUAACUUUAAGACUCCAAGAUUAUUCCCUGUACUUUGGGUUGAUGAAGGAAUAGAACUGAAUGAUGAGAUGGCUGGCUUGAUAAAGAAUGAUCUUAUCAAUACAUUACUUAUCCUAGAUAUAGUUCAAUGGACUUUGGUUGGUGUCGGUGCCGCACUUAUUGUUGGCAUGCUUAUAUGGUUCUUCCUAGCUAAGAAGAGGAUGUCAAAGACGUCUUCAACAGAGAUCAUCACUGAUGCUUCUACAUCAAAAAGUGAAGUCAAUUGAUCUAUAAAUGUGCCAAUUUUUGCAUUUAGGUAAUUAAAUGGUUGAAGACUAUAAAGCAAUGGAAGUUGCUCAAAAUUUAGGUAAUUUUUUCUAAACAAUGAAAAGAUGUGCAGUAUUAAAGUUAAUUGUAUUUUUAUUG